AUGGCGGCCGCCGCUCGCCUUCUUCUUCUUCGCGUCCUUGCGCUUCUCGCCGCCGCGCAGGCGGUCGUCGGGAAGAGCGCCGUGCUCUCUCUGCGGGAGUUGGACGGACGACGGGGUGCCGCGACGGAGACCCGGAGCCGGAGCAGCCGCUACGCCGACGCAAAGCUUGCUGAAAUGCUAGGAGAGCACAAGAAAGCAGGGGCAGCAAGAAGAGCGACCACCGUGCUAGAGCUCAAGCGCCACUCCCUCAUUGCCAUCCCUGACGACCCCGCCGCCCGCGACCGCUACCUCCGCCGUCUCCUCGCAGCCGACGAAUCGCGUGCCAACUCAUUCCAGCUCCGCGACGACAACGACAGGGCAGCGGCAGCGGCCACGCGGUCCGGCUCGGCAGAGGUCCCGCUGACCUCCGGCAUCCGGUUCCAGACGCUCAACUACGUCACCACCAUCGCGCUCGGCGGCGGCAGCUCCGGCUUCGGCUCCCCCGCCGCGAACCUCACCGUCAUCGUGGACACGGGAAGCGACCUCACCUGGGUGCAGUGCAAGCCCUGCUCCGCGUGCUACGCGCAGCGCGACCCGCUCUUCGACCCCGCGGGCUCCGCCACCUACGCCGCGGUCCGGUGCAACGCCUCCGCGUGCGCGGCCUCCCUCAAGGCGGCCACCGGCACGCCGGGAUCCUGCGGUACCACCGGCGGCGGGGGAGGCAACGAGAGGUGCUACUACGCGCUGGCAUACGGCGACGGGUCCUUCAGCCGCGGCGUGCUCGCCACGGACACGGUCGCGCUCGGCGGCGCCAGCCUGGACGGGUUCGUGUUCGGGUGCGGGCUCAGCAACCGCGGCCUGUUCGGCGGCACGGCGGGGCUCAUGGGCUUCGGCCGCACCGAGCUGUCCCUGGUCUCCCAGACCGCGUCCCGGUACGGCGGCAUCUUCUCCUACUGCCUGCCGGCGGUCACCUCCGGCGACGCCUCGGGCUCGCUCUCCCUCGGCGGAGACGCGUCGUCCUACCGCAACACGACGCCCGUGGCCUACACCCGCAUGAUCGCCGACCCGGCGCAGCCGCCCUUCUACUUCCUCAACAUCACCGGCGCGGCCGUCGGCGGCACCACCCUCGCGGCGCAGGGGCUCGGCGCCACCAACGUGCUCAUCGACUCCGGCACGGUGAUCACGCGCCUGGCGCCGUCCGUGUACCGCGCCGUGCGCGCCGAGUUCACGCGCCAGUUCGGCGCGGCGGGCUACCCAACCGCCCCGGGGUUCUCGAUCCUGGACACGUGUUACGACCUGACGGGGCACGACGAGGUGAAGGUGCCGCUGCUGACGUUGAGGCUGGAAGGCGGAGCGGACGUGACCGUGGACGCGGCCGGGAUGCUGUUCGUGGUGAGGAAGGACGGCUCGCAGGUGUGCCUGGCCAUGGCCAGUCUGUCGUACGAGGACCAGACGCCCAUCAUUGGCAACUACCAGCAGAAGAACAAGAGGGUGGUGUAUGACACGGUGGGGUCCAGGCUAGGCUUCGCCGACGAGGACUGCAACUAUGUAUAG